GAGGAAAAAGAAGAACACCCAAAUAAAAAAAAAAGGGGUGGAAGAGGAAGAUGCCCUGAAGAACAGAGAGAGGGAGGAGCGUCAAAAUUCCGAUGAGUUCACCGUCUUCCGCCAUUACUCUUCGAGAUCAGACGGUGAAUAAUAGCCAUUGAUGAUCUAUUUAUAGAGCUCCUCCGCCACUGAAACCCUUCUUCAUCAAUUUGCCGUAACGUUCUCACAAAUUCCCUGUUUCUGUGUUCUUUAGAUUCUCUGAUUUCUCCCGUUAUUCAGGAGCGAUUGUCUCAAAUUUCGUACAAGACACCAAUGCUCAGAUCUGCGUUGAUCAUUUGUGUCAUUGGGUGAAAUUCAAUGAUUGGUAAUCGAAAAACGACGUAACAGUGUUCUUUUGAAUUCUCCUUCUCAUCCUGUGAAAUUUUGUGGGAAAUCUGUGGUUCGAUCGAUUAAUGGCAGCUUCGAGGAAUGUGGUUGGGCUGAAAGAUGAGGAGAAGCUGAAGGAAGAGAACUCGACGGCUAAGAAGGUUAAAUUUGAGAGGUUUCCAUUGUCGAAGUGGGAGAUAGCGGCGGCUUUGGGCAUCUUCCUUGUCUGCUCCACUGGCCUCGUUUGUGUGUAUAUGACGAUGCCCUCUGCAGAAUACCAGAGCGUUAAGAUCCCACGAACGCUUUCGGAUCUUCGGAUGCUUAAGGAUCUCUUUGCAAAUUAUGCCAAAGAUCAUCCAGCACAAUUCAUUCUAGGUUAUUGCUCCACCUACAUAUUCAUGCAAACGUUCAUGAUUCCUGGAACAAUUUUCAUGUCAUUGCUGGCUGGAGCUCUAUUUGGUGUUAUCAGAGGCCUUCUUUUAGUUGUCUUUAAUGCAACAGCUGGUGCAUCCUCUUGUUUUUUUCUCUCCAAGUUGGUUGGAAGACCUUUAGUUUACUGGGUGUGGCCCGAAAAGUUGAAAUUGUUCCAGGCAGAGAUAGCGAAGCAUCGAGAAAAGCUACUCAAUUAUAUGCUCUUUCUAAGGAUAACACCAACGUUACCGAACCUUUUUAUCAACUUGGCUUCACCUAUUGUUGACAUCCCAUUUCAUGUGUUCUUCUUGGCUACUUUAAUUGGCCUUGUUCCAGCAUCCUAUAUCACUGUCCGGGCUGGACUUGCACUCGGAGAUCUGAAAUCAGUCAAGGAUUUAUAUGAUUUCAAAACUUUGUCUGUGCUGUUCUUUAUUGGUUUCAUCUCCAUUCUGCCUACACUUCUAAAGAGGAAACGAGUAUACGAAUGAACACGAUUUUUUCGGGCUCCAUCAUUUCUGCCUGAGCCAUGUGUAUGGAUGGCUGCUAUAUCAGAUUGAUAUUGAUUUCAAGUGCUCUGAUCGACGAUGCUCGUUGUGGUGAUACCGUGGCGACCAUCAAGCUGUUAUAUAGCUCAAAUUAUACGUCGUUCGGUAGAUGAAUCGGCAGUUGUUUGGAGGGUUUAAAAGGAAAAAAUAGGUGAAGAUAUUUUUAUUCACAUUAGGAGCUCACUGAUUACACUCAAUAUAGGCUAUAUUUAUUAUAUAUACUAUAGUUUUUGUUGCAUUAUAUACUGAAAAAGCAUACAGGGAUUAGUCAGGUUACAAACUGAAAACUAACUAUACUUCCUUUUUUAUAUAGAUCUUUACAUAUCCCAAUUA